AAUUUCUGGAACACGCAAAAUAAAGGCAAAAACCUCUCUCUGUGUUUCUGCGAUGUAUCUUUCUGUUUCUGAGAUGGAUCUUUCUUAGAUUUCUUCAGAUCCCUUAAAUUUCACGAAAGCAGAAAGAGAGAAACAGAAAGAAACCAAAAAAGGAAGAUGACAACUCCAGCUAGGAAGAGGCUGAUGAGGGAUUUCAAGAGGCUUCAGCAAGAUCCACCUGCCGGCAUCAGUGGCGCUCCUCAAGAGAACAAUAUCAUGCUCUGGAACGCUGUCAUUUUUGGGCCUGAUGAUACUCCUUGGGAUGGAGGUACGUUUAAAUUGACACUGCAAUUCACAGAGGAUUAUCCCAACAAACCUCCAACAGUCCGUUUUGUCUCAAGGAUGUUUCAUCCAAAUAUAUAUGCAGAUGGAAGCAUUUGUUUAGAUAUUUUACAAAAUCAAUGGAGUCCAAUAUAUGACGUUGCUGCUAUACUUACUUCUAUCCAGUCCUUGCUUUGUGAUCCAAACCCAAACUCGCCUGCAAACUCUGAAGCUGCUCGCAUGUUCAGUGAAAAUAAGCGGGAGUACAACCGAAGAGUGCGGGAAAUAGUAGAACAGAGCUGGACUGCUGACUGAAAACCCAAUGAAAGCAGCAGCAGCCCCAGACUUGGAUUCACCUUAAAAAAAGACUUGGAUUCUGUUUCUCGCAAAUUCUGGGUAGUUGACUUUGUAAUAUUCUUUAGAGUACAUUGUUGUUGGAAGAUUUUCUUUUGAGCCAUUUGAUUUCUGCCUUUUAGACAGCUCCAUUUAAAUUUCUUGCUGAUGGAUCCAUAUUCUGUACUGAUUCUUCUUUCAUCGCCUUGAAUGGAAGACUCGUCUAUUUGUAUAAAAAUCUUAUUUGUAGUAGUGCAAGUUGCAUUGCCCUCGCUUGCUUCCAGAGAGGGAAUUAGGGAUGAUUUCUUUUAUGCAGUUGCUGCAACUACAUUCAAUUAUUACUACAAGAUGUGUUCUAGCA